AUGUCGAAUAACGGACCGCAGCCGGUGGAGUCGAAUCAGACCCCUACCACGAUGCUCUCCUCAUUACCGCCCAAGGCCGAUGCGACGGGAUCUCCAAGCAGUGGCGAGGGACCGGUCAAGUCCAGGCGACGCCGUCGCGGCGCAGACACGGAAUCUCAACCCAAGAACCAAUCCUUUUACUUUGUCGACUCGACCUCAUCCUCCAAAGAAAAACGAGCGCACGUGAUGCGACACCACGUUCAAGAGAAACGAAAACACCGCAAGCUCUCGCAAGGUAGCUUGCAACCAGAGCAUGCCCCCGCGCGACCAACCGCGAGGCUGCUCAAGAUGGACUCGGGCCACGGGGCAGAGAUCCCACAGGGCGCAAUCCCAGCAGUUGAGACGGCCCCUUCUUUCGGCCAACAACCAAUGAUACCAUCACCUCACAUCAGCACCUUCGUGCAUGAAUCGGGGGAGUCCCGAAUCGAGUCUCCCGAGAUGAUGCACGGAUUGUCGCGCGUCACGCAGUUCCCCACCCCGGCAAUCAUCCAAAACCCCGAAGAUGUCGAAUUGGCGGACUGGUGGGUGAACAAAUUGACCUAUUGGUCAGGGCAGAAUCCCUAUGUGAAAACGCAAAUCUACCGGACGGCCAUGGAACAUCCAUUUUCCUUCCAGGCCGUCAUUCUGGUGUACGCAGCACGGUGGAAGGCACAGAUGAAUGGACAGGACAACAGCAAGGAAGUCCAGCGCCACGUCGGGCAAGUACGAAAAAACCUCGAAGACGCGGCAUCGGGAUUGAUCCAGGUCCCGGAGGAUCAGCUGGCAACAGCUCUGGCCGGCAUGGCUCUGGCAGAAGGCCGAUUUGGAAGCUGUCAAGAUGCCGAGCAAUAUCUAAGCCAUGCCAUUCGCAUUGUCCGUCACCGCCGGGGGACCCCUUCCGCUGUGGAAGUGUUCGUUCAUUAUGUGCGAUCCAUCCUGCCCCCACUAUCCGACGCCAUCACCCCUAUCAACCGGUGUGCUCUGGUAUCCUUUCUUCAGCAGGCACAAGAACUCCUACAACGACACGGCUCUCCUCAAUAUCAACCUCAAUCUUCUCAUCGACGCACCGCCUUCCAGAUGGGGAGCCCCCUCUUUUCUCUGCUCUCCAGUGGGCCCCGUCCCACGCAGGUACCCCAGGAGGCACAUAUGUACGUUGUUCGCAGUGCCGAGACCCAGGAGGCCAGCCGGUCUGGUUGUCUGAUCUACAUCACGGCUGCUCUGUGGGACUUCCGAGAUUCCGUGAGCAAGACCCACCGAUUCUUGGCCUACUUGACGUCGCUGGUCGAGGAGCACCAGCUUGGGAAGCAUCCUGCGUGUGAAACCCUGCUGUGGCUUUUGCUGGAGCAAACUUGUGAUGCGGACCUGCGCGAUCCCGAACGGGUCUGGUCGACGGGCCAAUUGCUUCAGACGCAUCGGCAGCUACGACCGGAUCUACAAUUUCACUACAACGAGCUUCUGAUGUCAUUUUUAUCGUUACAGGUGCCCGUUCGAGGCAUCGACGUCUUUGAAACGGAACUUGAGGCGAGUUUUGGUGGACGCAGGCAUUCCCCACACUCCUGA